AAAAGAUAACAAAAAAAUGAUGAAAAAUGUACCUGAACACGAUUUUCAAAUUAUUAAGAAGUAUUUAUAUACAUGUUAAUAUUUUGUGAAUGAAAAGUGUAAAAUAUGACAAGAUAUCUCAUCAAAUUUGGAAACUUUUAAGAAGACUGGUUGUACUGUGAUACCAUUAAUUAUUAUCUUCGCGCGAUCUUCCAAAAUAUAAUGUUUCGUUAUGGCAGUGAAAUACUUGGAUGGUCCUUUUGUGUUCAGACUCAACGACAAUGGUACAGGACCACAUCUUCUUACACAGGUUUGUACGGAACGUGGUUGGAGAGAAUAUACUGGCGAAAAUAAUGUAUUCAAAGAUCGAUGGAAUUUAUGGUGGCGAUCCGGCGGUUUCCCUUUACCCCAUUAUAAGUUAUUACUUCCAUGGCAGUUUAUCAACAGAAUUCCAAAAGGAAGUUCAAUCUGUAGAAAAGACAAUCUUAUCCGUCAUCUUAGAUGCAUGAAAAAGAUGCAUGGCUCGAUUUAUGAUUUCAGUCCUGUAGGAUAUAAUUUGCCAUCGGAAUAUACUAAAUUAGCGGAAGAAUGGAGUCGUUGCGAGCAUGAUAGAGUUUGGAUCUGUAAACCAGUUGGUCAAAGUCAAGGCAAAGGGAUUUUCUUAUUUCGUAAAUUAAGUGAUCUUACAUAUGAUAAUGCAGCAGUAGUCCAAAGAUAUAUUGAAAAUCCUCUUUUAAUCGGAGGCUAUAAAUUCGAUUUACGAUUGUACGUGUGCGUACCUUCUUAUCGACCUCUGACGAUAUACUUGUACAAAGAAGGAUUGGCACGAUUUGCUACGGAAAAAUUUUCAUUAGAACAUUUAAAUGAUUCUUUCCGACAUCUCACUAACUUUUCCUUGAAUAAGUUGGGUCCAGGAUAUUCUGAGAAAAAAGAACGCAUCGGUUCUGGUUGUAAAUGGACUUUUAGACAAUUAAGAAGAUAUUUUGAGCAAGCUGGAUAUUACGAUUGGUUCCUUUGGCAGAGGAUAGCUUGUUUAAUUAGUUUAACGAUACUAAGUCAAGCCGCGAGCAUACCAAAAUCUUCCAAUUGUUUUGAAUUCUUUGGAUUUGAUGUAUUAAUUGAUAAAAAUUUAAAACCAUGGUUAUUAGAGGUGAAUCUUAGCCCAGGUUUAAGUAAUGAUUGCGAGAUUGAUUCUGAAGUGAAAAAACCUUUGCUGCAUGAUUUAUUCGAUUUAUUAGGUCUUCCAGUAUGCAAUACUGGACUUUCUCUUUUUACAAUAUGGUCAGCAAUUGAUGACGAGGUUGAAAUGUCUUCCAAGUAUUGUACAAAUCGAACAAUGAAAAAAAAAUCGAGAACUUAUCGGGAAACUGAUGGUUUUUUAAACAUAUGCACGGAACUUCGGCCUACUCUCAAACAUUCAACCACCAACAAUUCUUCAAAUUUGUGGUCUCUUUACACUCCCUUAUUAGUGGAUAAAUACAUUCCACGCGGUUUUCAGGGUAAUAACCCACAAAACAACGAUAAAACAUCAAUAUGGGAUAAUGGUAAAGAUUGGAGUAAACCAUGUACAAGUGAAGGAGGAUGGGUUCGCAUUUAUCCAUUGAUAUCAAUAAAACCUAAAUAUACUAUUGAUUAUGUAUCUUUAUCAGAAACUACAAGAAAGAUAGAAAAAGAAAUUAGAAAUACAGUUAUUUCUAUACAAAAAUAUUUGAAAGCUGCCAAAGAAGUGCACAAGAAAAAUGAAAAAUAUAGAGACGAACAAUAUAAUGCUAUGUUACGAAAAAUGUUAGAACUUAAUACUGAAAUUUGGCUGCCAUCGAAGUGAUUAAACUUAAUAUUCUCUAUAUUUUAUUCAUCUUUUAAGUAAAUUUCAGCACAAUGCUUUGACCAAUUAAAUUUUAUAAUUCUACAUUUAAGACACAUUUUUAACACGUAAAAAUGUUUUUCAAUAUUUUUAAUAGCAAGAUAUUUUUAAAAUCAUAUUAUAAUUGUGAUAGAAUUGUGAUGUUAAUGAAAAUAUCAUGUAUACUAUAUCAUUGUGUUCUAAAAUAUCACAUAUAAAUUAUAGGAUAAAGGUGCAGAAUAUUUAUAUUCACCAAGAAAUUCUCGGUUUAUUGAACUUUUUUUUUUUGCAAAUGUACAUUAAUUCACUCCCUUUGCUGCUAACCUCUUGUCGCGCUCUUCGGCAAUUGAAAGUUUAACACCUUUGUCUCUUGGUAAGCUAAUGUAUGGCUUUGUACCUUUGCCAAUGAUAAAUACAUUGUUCAACCUAAACAAAUAAUUUAUAUUAUAUUAUAAGAAUUAAUCAAUAUAAAGAAUAAUCAAUAUAAAGAAUAAAUUUUAAAAUAAUCAUGUUUCCUUAAUGGGUAAUACUGAAAAGUCUAUGCAAGAACAAUCAGAGACCAAUAUUAAAGAAAUUUAUUUUGGCCAUCUUUUGACUACAAUAAUUUUUAUAAUAUAUUAUAGCUUCGAUUAUGGCCAUCAUAAAUAAGUUUAUUUUUUUUAUAAAAAUUUAAAUUAUAUUAUAAUAAAUUAUAAUUAAAAAUAAAAUAUAUAUAACAAUAAAUAAAAUGUAAAUAAAAAUAAAAAUGCAAAAUACCUUGUAGCAAAAGUA